AUGGUAAAUGACGCACAAGUACAGUCGCCGCCAGAUUUGGAUGCGCGUGGCGACGAACGCACAAACGAAAAGUGUGAUGUAAAUAACAGUGUUAAAGUUUUGGAGUAUAAGGGACUGCUCUGGACAUGUGGUUUGAGGCAAAUUUGUUUAACUGCACUCUGGCUUCCAUUAGGUGCUCUAAUAUUUUGUUAUGUGACCGCGUCUAUGUUUCAAGCAGAUGACAUACAUGAAACGCAUUGUAGGGUUUACAAUGUAGUACCAUCAAUUAGUGCGAUUACCGGUAUAAGUCCACAGAGAUAUAUUUGGAGGAUGUGCAUCGCUUUCCACCUUGGACCAAGGUUGUUGAUAGGUUCCUUAUACUAUAACUACCACAAAGAGCGCACGGCUCACAUUACCGAGGAAAAGGCUCGGACUACGGCGACCAAAUUAGGAAAAGCAUGCUAUUGGCUAAAUUUUAUAGAGCUGUUUGCACUUACAGGCGUAACAUAUAUUUCCAAUAGGGAGAACUAUUUUGUUCACGAGAAGAUAUUCAUAGUGUUCAUGGUAACGGCUUUGCUGCAUAUGCUAUGUCGCGCGCGCGUCGGAUGCAUCGCAAGCGACGUCGUAGAACCGGUGAGGACCAACAAACUCGUAUGGACACUGUUCUACGUCGCCAUAGCUUCCACCGUGGGACUCAUUAUAUUCUUCUUGCGACAUCGGCUGCUGUGUCGACCUUUAGCAUUCACAUGGUUCUCAGUAUGUGAAUACAUCUUGGCGACGGCGAACAUGGCAUUCCACGCCAUUGUGGUCCGCGACCUGCCUCAGCACGAACUUCAAGUGAUGUGUCCUACUCACAGUAAGACGAACUGA